GAGUUCCUAAACGCAGAGAUGGGUCUUAAUCUACGCGUAAUGGAUAGUGUUCGUAUGAAGUUGACUAUUAAUGAGAUUGACGAUUUACUGCACAGUUUUCGUAAACUUGAUCAUGAUACUAAAGGUUAUAUUUCAUUGAAUGAUUUACGCAAAUUUUGUACUGAAUCUGGUGAGCAAAUCAGUGAAGAGAUACUCCAGUCCACUUUGAAUACAAUGGAUCUUAAUAAAAAUGGACAAGUUGAUAUGGCAGAAUUUUUACAUGUGCUUCGUAGUCAACUUACUCGUCAAUCGAGACCAUCCACUGUACAUAAACAAUCUUUGUGACCAUCGACUUCAUGAGUGCAGUAAAAUCUGGUGUUGUUGUGAAUUCACCAUUCAAGAAAGUACUCAAUCGUACACGAAUUCCUGUUUACAGAAGUGGUGGUGGCGUGUAGAAGGAAAAAACAGACAAAAAAACAAAUAAACAAACAAACACAAAAAACGAAUUAUUCCCUCUUCUACACUCUUGUUUUGUUUUUCUGGUUUCCUUCGAAGAAGAUAAAUCCCCUCCUGCCCCUCUUAUUGAUGUAUUUUCAUUUAUUUUGAUUUCUUUUUGUUUAUUGACCAACCUUCAUUGAGUGUAUUCCAGUAUGUGUGGGUGUGUGCAACUGUGCUGUCUUCAUAUUAACGAAGGUGACGUAAGAAAGUACUUUUGUUCUUUAACUAAUGAUUAUUAUUUGCAUGUGUUACCAGGUAGAUUACUAGACAGAUUAUUAUUACUGUUGAACACUUUAUUUGCAUCAUUUUUGUGUUCAUUUCGACGGAUUUAUUAUGCUUAAUUGUCUGCAAAUGAUAGCAAACGGUGUAGGUUUGCGUUUAUGCGUGACUUUUGUAAUGAAGGAUGAAAUCAACACCCACACGCACGAACACAUCAUACUCCCCUCACAUAUUUUACUUCUACCAACUAGUUAUAUUCUCAUUGGCUAAUAGAAUUGUAAUUUCCCAUUUCUAUGCUUUUUUAUAUCAUCAUGGACUACCUUAUCUUUUUAUUUACUUUAUCUCAUACUAGCGGUAAUAGUAGUGUAGUAAUCGUCACUUUCAUCGUUUCAGCUGCUUGUUGUUGUUACUGUUGAAGUGUAUUGCUCACUGCUCCUUUUGUGUAGGUACGCCACCAAAUCAAUAGUACUUCUACGACAAACAUGUUGACUAAGGAAAAAGUCUUUUUUUUUAGAAAUUUUGUUUUACUCCUUUUAUGAAAUAUUACUAUCAUUAUUAUUAUUUUCUUCAUUUUAAGUACUAUUUUGUUUUUGAAGAAAAGAUACCAUUGGUAACUUUCUUCUAGUUGUGUAUAUAUAAUAUAUACAUGUGAGUCUAUAUAUAUACAUAUAUAUGUAUAUAUAUACUCAUUAUAGAAUUAAUAAAUUUCGAUAACUUUCCCGCAUAUUAAUU